GCCCGCCUUGGCGGCAAGGGGUGGGAAAAGAGACGCGCAGGGAGGAGUUUCUGUCGCCGCCGCCGCCGCUGCCGCCGCCGCCUUCCGCCACAGCCGCCUCCACUACUGUGACUCCUAGUGUGUGAGCUUGGAGACUCCGUGCGAGGGUUUAUCGCUGCCACAGUCUGGGUAGCUCCGGAGCUUCAACCAGAAGACGGAAAAACCAGGAAAUGUAAAGAAGAAAUCAAAAUGGAUUUAAGUAUGGGUGUGAAUUCUGUUACCAUCUCUGUUAAGGGGAUGACAUGCAAUUCCUGUGUUUGGACCAUUGAGCAACAAAUUGGAAAACUGGAUGGUGUACAUCACAUUAAAGUUUCACUGGAAGAAAAAAAUGCAACUAUUAUUUAUGAUCCUAAACUGCAGACUCCAAAAAAACUACAGGAAGCUAUCGAUGACAUGGGCUUUGAUGCCAUUCUCCAUAAUGCCAGCCCUCUCCCUGUUUUAACUGACACUGUGUUUCUGACUAUUACUGCUUCACUGACUCCACAAUGGGAUCAUAUCCAAAGUACAUUGCUCAAGACGAAGGGUGUGGCUGACAUUAAAAUUUCUCCUCAGCAAAGAACUGCAGUAGUGACAAUAAUUCCGUCUAUAGUAAGUGCCAAUCAGAUAAUAGAACUGGUUCCAGAUCUCAGUUUAGAUAUUGGGACACUGGAAAAAAAGUCAGGAUCUUGUGAAGAUAGCUGUAUGGCACAAACAGGUGAAGUUAUGCUGAAGAUGAAAGUGGAAGGGAUGACCUGUCAUUCAUGCACGAGUACCAUUGAAGGAAAAAUUGGGAAACUGCAAGGUAUUCAGCGAAUUAAAGUCUCCCUGGACAACCAAGAAGCUACUAUCAUUUAUCAACCUCAUCUUAUCACAGUAGAGGAAAUAAAAAAGCAGAUCGAAGCUCUGGGUUUUCCAGCGUUCAUCAGAAAACAGCCCAAGUACCUCAAAUUGGGAGCUAUUGAUAUAGAGCGUCUAAAGAACACUCCAGUCAAAUCCUCAGAAGGGUCACAGCAAAAGAGUCCAUCAUGUACCAGCAACUUAACAACCACUUUCAUCAUAGAUGGCAUGCAUUGCAAAUCAUGUGUGUCAAAUAUAGAAAGUGCUUUAUCUACACUCCAGUAUGUGAGCAGCAUAGUAGUUUCUUUAGAGAACAGGUCUGCCAUCGUGAAGUACAAUGCCAAUUCUGUCACUCCAGAAACCCUGAGAAAAGCAAUAGAGGCCAUAUCACCAGGACAAUAUAGAGUUAGUAUUGCAAGGGAAGUUGAGAGUACUGCAAACUCUCCCUCCAGCUCGUCUCUUCAAAAGAUUCCAUUGAAUAUAGUUAGCCAGCCUCUUACUCAAGAAACUGUGAUAAACAUUGGUGGCAUAACUUGUAAUUCUUGUGUGCAGUCUAUUGAAGGUGUCAUAUCAAAAAAGGCAGGUGUAAAAUCUGUAUGUGUCUCCCUUGCAAAUAGCAGUGGUACAAUUGAAUAUGAUCCGCUACUAACCUCUCCAGAAACCUUGAGAGAAGCAAUAGAAGACAUGGGAUUUGAUGCUACCUUGUCAGAUAAGAAUGAUCCAUUGGUAGUCAUAGCUCAGCCUUCACUGGAAAUGCCACUUUUGACCUCAACUAAUGAAUUUUAUCCUAAAAUGAUGACUCCAGUUCAUGACAAAGAGGAGGCAAAGACUUCAUCUAAGUGUUACAUACAGGUGACUGGCAUGACUUGUGCUUCCUGUGUAGCAAACAUUGAACGGAAUUUAAGACGAGAAGAAGGAAUAUAUUCUGUACUUGUGGCCCUGAUGGCUGGCAAGGCAGAAGUAAGGUAUAAUCCUGCUAUCAUACAGCCCCCAAUGAUAGCAGAGUUUAUCCGGGAGCUUGGAUUUGGAGCCACUGUGAUGGAAAAUGCUGAUGAAGGAGAUGGUGUUUUGGAACUUGUUGUGAGAGGAAUGACAUGUGCCUCCUGUGUACAUAAAAUAGAGUCCACUCUCACAAAACACAGAGGGAUCUUCUACUGCUCUGUGGCCCUCGCAACCAACAAAGCACAUAUAAAAUAUGAUCCAGAAAUUAUUGGUCCCAGAGAUAUUAUUCAUACAAUUGAAGGCUUAGGUUUUACAGCUUCUUUGGUCAAGAAGGAUCGGUCAGCAAGUCACCUAGACCAUAAACGAGAAAUAAGACAAUGGAGACGGUCCUUCCUUGUGAGCUUGUUUUUCUGUAUUCCUGUAAUGGGGCUAAUGAUAUAUAUGAUGGUUAUGGACCACCACCGUGCAACUCUUCACCAUAAUCAGAGCAUGAGUAUGGAAGAAAUGAUCAACGUUCAUUCUUCUAUGUUCCUGGAGCGCCCGAUCCUGCCAGGAUUGUCCAUUAUGAAUUUGCUGUCUUUUUUAUUGUGUAUACCUGUACAGUUUAUCGGAGGCUGGUACUUCUACAUUCAGGCUUACAAAGCACUGAAGCAUAAGACGGCAAAUAUGGAUGUACUGAUUGUGUUGGCAACCACCAUUGCAUUUGCCUACUCUUUGGUUAUUCUUCUAGUUGCAAUGUAUGAGAGAGCAAGAGUGAACCCUGUUACUUUCUUUGACACACCUCCUAUGCUCUUUGUGUUUAUUGCACUAGGCCGAUGGCUGGAACAUAUAGCUAAGGGCAAAACAUCAGAGGCUCUUGCAAAGCUGAUUUCACUACAAGCUACAGAAGCAACGAUUGUAACUCUUGACUCUGAUAAUAUCCUCAUAAGUGAAGAACAAGUGGAUGUAGAACUUGUACAACGGGGAGACAUUAUUAAAGUGGUUCCAGGAGGCAAAUUUCCAGUGGAUGGUCGUGUUAUUGAAGGACAUUUUAUGGUAGAUGAAUCGCUCAUCACAGGGGAGGCAAUGCCUGUGGCUAAGAAACCAGGCAGCACCGUGAUUGCUGGUUCCAUUAACCAGAAUGGGUCACUACUUAUUCGCGCAACUCAUGUCGGAGCAGACACAACCCUUUCUCAAAUUGUCAAACUUGUAGAGGAGGCACAAACAUCAAAGGCUCCCAUCCAGCAGUUUGCAGACAAACUCAGUGGCUAUUUUGUUCCUUUUAUCGUUUUCGUUUCUGUUGCUACCCUUGUGGUGUGGAUUAUAAUUGGAUUUCUGAAUUUUGAAAUUGUGGAAACCUACUUUCCUGACUACAAUAAAAGUAUCUCACGAACAGAGAUGAUAAUACGUUUUGCUUUCCAAGCCUCUAUCACAGUUCUGUGUAUUGCAUGUCCCUGUUCACUGUGUUUAGCCACUCCAACUGCUGUGAUGGUGGGUACAGGAGUAGGUGCUCAAAAUGGCAUACUAAUCAAAGGUGGAGAGCCCUUGGAGAUGGCUCAUAAGGUAAAGGUAGUGGUAUUUGAUAAGACUGGAACCAUUACCCAUGGAACCCCAGUAGUGAAUCAAGUGAAGGUUCUAGUGGAAAGUAACAGAAUAUCACGUAAUAAGAUCCUGGCCAUUGUGGGAACUGCUGAAAGUAACAGUGAACACCCUCUAGGAGCAGCUAUAACCAAGUACUGCAAGCAGGAGCUGGACACUGACACCUUGGGUACCUGCAUAGAUUUCCAGGUUGUGCCAGGCUGUGGCAUUAGCUGUAAAGUCACCAAUAUUGAAGGCUUGCUACAUAAGAAUAACUGGAAGAUAGAGGGAAACAAUAUUAAAAAUGCAUCCCUGGUUCAAAUUGAUGCAAGUAAUGAACAGUCAUCAACUUCGUCUUCUAUGAUUAUUGAUGCCCAGCUCUCAAAUGGUCUUAGUGCUCAGCAGUACAAAGUCCUCAUUGGUAACCGGGAAUGGAUGACUAGAAAUGGUCUUGUCAUUAAUAAUGAUGUAGAUGAUUUCAUGACUGAACACGAGAGAAAAGGUCGGACUGCUGUAUUGGUGGCAGUAGAUGAUGAGCUGUGUGGCUUGAUAGCCAUUGCUGAUACAGUGAAGCCUGAAGCAGAAUUGGCUGUCCAUAUUCUGAAAUCUAUGGGCUUAGAAGUAGUUCUGAUGACUGGAGACAACAGUAAAACAGCUAGAUCUAUUGCUUCUCAGGUUGGCAUUACUAAGGUGUUUGCUGAAGUUCUGCCUUCCCACAAGGUUGCUAAGGUGAAGCAACUUCAAGAAGAGGGAAAACGGGUAGCAAUGGUAGGAGAUGGAAUCAAUGACUCCCCGGCUCUGGCAAUGGCUAAUGUUGGAAUUGCUAUUGGUACAGGCACAGAUGUAGCCAUUGAAGCAGCUGAUGUGGUUUUGAUAAGGAAUGAUCUUCUAGAUGUAGUGGCAAGUAUUGACUUAUCAAGGAAGACAGUCAAGAGGAUUCGCAUAAAUUUUGUCUUUGCUCUAAUAUAUAAUCUGGUUGGAAUUCCCAUAGCUGCUGGAGUUUUUAUGCCCAUUGGUCUGGUUUUGCAACCCUGGAUGGGAUCAGCAGCGAUGGCUGCUUCAUCGGUUUCUGUAGUACUUUCUUCUCUCUUCCUUAAACUUUACAGGAAACCAACUUAUGAGAAUUAUGAAUUGCAUGCCCGGAGCCAGAUUAUCCAGAGGAGUCCUUCAGAAAUUAGUGUCCACGUUGGAAUAGAUGACACCUCAAGAAAUUCUCCUAAACUGGGUUUGCUGGACCGCAUUGUUAAUUACAGCAGAGCCUCCAUAAAUUCACUGUUGUCUGACAAACGUUCCUUAAACAGCGUUGUCACCAGUGAACCUGACAAGCACUCACUCCUAGUAGGAGACUUCAGGGAAGAUGAUGACACUGCACUGUAAAAGGCCUGCUGGUUAAACUCUUUAUGCACUGACACAGUACCAUGACACCACCUACACUUAUCAAAAUAUUGUGGGAGGAUUUUAUGUUGGUCUCAUGCUCUUCUUAUAUUAGGUAUUACUAUUUCAGUUGCAUUUGCAGGCAAAAAAGAUCUUUUUCAGGGCUUCAGUUCUGAACCUGGCUUUAUUUAAAAUCAUUUUCUGUUUUUUUUUUUUUUUCAUUAGCAACAGAAAAGGUAAAGCAAUGAAGUUUAUAAUAAGCCCACAAUUAGACAUCGCUGAAUUGCUGCUAAAGUGGUAGAUAAUAUUUUUAUUUGACCAAAAAAAAAAAGAUGGUAAUUAAAAAUUUGAAGAUUUGAGAGCAUGACCUUGGGGAUUUUCUUGAGCCUGUAUUCCUACCCCUUCAAGGAGCAAUGACUUUCAAAGCACUGUAUAAAGCAUCUAGUCCUGGAAGGGAAACAAUUGAAACUGUUUAAAAAUAGAUGUGCCUUAUUUAUCGCAGGCUUUCUCUCCUCCUUAUUCCCUUUGUGUACUUACCCUUGUGGUUUCUUUCUUAGAUAUUCCAGCAUGUCAUAUCUUUUCAUUUGACUGAUUCACGUAUAGCUGUUUUUCGUUCACAAAAAUAACUAACAACUUUCCUAAUAUUUUGUUCCUUUUUUUUUUUUUUUGUAGCUUGAAAGACCUUAAGGGUCUUUAGGGUUCCCUGCCUCCCAUCUCUCCACUGUUGUAAAAACAUAUAUUAAAUUCUUCCUUCAACCUCCCUAGCUCUGUGCUAGCUUUUAAUUCACUCCUGCUGAGUUCAGCUCUCAGUUGUUCUUAGUCUGUCUCAGUCCACAAUAUUUUGAGUCUCUUCUCAAAAGAUUUUUAAAGAUUAGCAGUUAAUCUUUAACAUAUACGGGUCAUAUAAAAUUUCCUGGAUUCACUAAAUUUAUCUUUCUUUGAAUAGAAUGAUGGAGUAAAAUAAUUUUGCUGGUAUAUAUAACUUAAUAGAUGUUUAGUUAUCUUUUAAUAUUUCAGAUAACCUCUCAAAAUGACUUUAAUGCUACUACACAAACCUGCUUUUACCAAAAAAUACAGUAAAUUAUAAUACAAAAAUUAGAAUUUCUCUGGGUUGUGAUAUUUUUUAGCCAAAUACAUACUUUUCUCUACUUUAAACCAUUUACACCUGUUUAGUUGAGGUGGUUGGCAGAUUUAGGGGCUUGUUCCCAUUGUCAUGUGGAUUUAAAAGUUCCUUUGGGAGCUAUCAAUAAUGUGCUGAUCAGAGACUUUAUACUAUGUGACUAUUUACAUUUCCUUGUUAAUUGCAAUAAAUGAAGAGAACUCAUAAAUAAAUUUCUAACAUUCUAUUCCUGGUGCCCUAGGCAAAGCUGCUAGCACAAUGUGUGAGACAUAAGAUUUACAUUCAAUAAAUGUGAGGGUUUUUUUUUCCUCCCCUUGAAGUCAGUAAUAAAUACUAAGAAUCAUUUUUAUAGAGCAAAGUCUAGAAUCAGGUGGAAGUGGAAGAUGAAGUUCUUCCUCUCCUACCCCUUUCACUUUUAUCCUUUUAUAUACAUACAAACAUGUUUACAUUAUUCCAUGCUGUUUUUUCAGGUUUGGGAAAGAUCUCAUUUCUAUCUUAGCUGUCUUAGAGAAC